AUGGCCUCCGUUGUGUUUCCAGUGCCAUGUCCUUCUCUGGCAGUGAAACCCCACGUUGUGGCAGGGGUCCGAGCGUCGGGUCCUUCUGUUCUUGUGACCCACUUGCCAAGACACAACGUGCAGCUGGGCGUCGGUUUGGCGUUGUGUCUGCGCUUAGCGCAAAAUUCUGCGCGCGUCAGGCGGAAAGCUGAGGGUGCACUUGCACCUCAGAGAAGUGUCCAGCUAGAUCAGGACGGUCGACAUUGGGAAGCCUUCGUGUCACGUAUCGGGCCCCCAUCGUCGAAGAACGUGGACGCCAGCGCCGCCAGCGCAUGGCGCUGCGGAGCUGGAAAGCUACGGGUUGUAUGCCAUGAAGCCAGUUCAAUCACUUCGAUGGCCUUGAGGGGCGAGAGCCUGUGCUUCGGCACCAGCUGCGGUCGAAUUCGCGUGGUGGACCUACGCAGUGGAGCCAAAGUUGGUGAGUAUUUCGUCGGAUCGCAUGUGCCCUCUCCGAUUAGCUUACUUCACUUCGAUGAGGGUGGAGAACUGCUGGUCGCAGGGGACUUGAGGGGCCGAUUGCAUGCUUGGAAAAGCAAGUUCCCAGGCUCCUGGGGGUAUAGAACCCAUCCUGACAUCAGCUUCAUCGACGGCGGCUGUGCCAGCUGUGCUCACAGCGCUGCGGUCACUGGAUUGAUCUUGUCAGGGGAUAUGAUGAUCAGCAGCAGCUGUGACGGCUCUGUGUCCUUCUGGAGCCUGAAAGAUCCUGAUGUCGAUUCUGUCGAUGUCAUCCAUCCAUCCAGCAGCACGCGUUUCUUGGGCGUACCUCUCUGUUUGUGCGCUGCUGCUCAAGGAUCUCAAGGGGUUUUUGUCGGCUUCAAAGAUGGCUCUGUGAGGAAGGUCGUGAUGAUUGACGGAAAGUGCGCAGAUUCCAUGUCCCUUCCACCAUCAGAGUCUGGAGCUGUGACUGCUCUAGCCUUCCAAUCGGAGACGCUGAUCGUUGGCUUCGAAGAUGGACAAGUGAAGAUCCUGCGUCAAGGGCGCGAUGCUUUGAUUUGCAAGCCCUUCCACUCAAGCAAUGUGCAAGAUUUGAGGAUGUUAUCAGAUGAUCUCUUCCUGAGCAGUGCUUCCGAUGGCCGUGUGGCUGUUUGGAGCAUGCGAAGUGGUUCCCCUCUGUGGGGCUUCCGCGGCCUCUCGAGCCUGGAGGACUUGGAUCCUCAGGAUCAGGCCGACCAGAGCAGAGCCAGGAGCUUUUGCCUGGCUACAGACUCCACGAAACUGCUCUGCAGUCUGGUGAUCAACCCAGUGACACCUGCCAACACGAUCUUUAUCAACGACUGGCGCCAAUCAAGAUCUCCGUUUGAUGAGGUAGCGCCAGCAUGUGAGGCCAUCCUGUGUAUGGACUUUGAUGACGAUGAAACCCAUGCCUGACCGUC